AUGUCUACAAUACUAUCAAAUGAAUCCCAGAUGAGAUAUGUGGUAGAAUGGUUCAGGGAAUGGUCAGAAAUGCAGAGAGGUGAUUUUUUAGAAAUAUUAUUGGAACAAUGUGGUUCUCCAGGUUUAGUCAAUGGAUUAGUACCUGGAAUGGAAAACAUGAGUUGUAAAGAAGGUUCGGAUAGACCUCCGAGUUUAUUUCAGUGUCGUGUGAAAUUGUUCAGAGAGUGGAGUCAAAAUUGGUCUCAACAAGAAAAAGAUUCUUUGCUAGCUUCGAUUAAAAGUAUCGAUGGGAAAUUCGCUGGGAAUUAUGAACAAAGGCUAUCCGCAUUAAUGGAAGAAAAUUAA